CAAAAAUUGCGUAUAGAGUUUAACGAGUAGAAGAACAGAUUUAAUAAUGGCCUAUAUAUGGAGCAGAGAUGUGUGGAUUCUACUAUACAUUCUGGCUGUUCAAAAUGUUGCGCAAAUUGUACCAGAAACUGAAGAUGGUAAGACUUCGUUUGAGAGACGUUUCCUACUAGACCAAACAUCAUCUGCUUAUACAUCAGUGCCGACGCCAACUAAAGUGACAACACCUCAAGUUCAAUCAACAGAUUGUUUCUACGAUAGUACAAAGUACAUGGGUUCUUUCGCUACCACUGUUACUGGUAAAACAUGUAAGAAUUGGGUUGACUUAGACCCGAGUCUCCAAGGAUUCCCAGACAUCUCUAUCACUGUUGCCAGGAACAUGUGCAGGGACCUGGACGGUCGUGGUUUCCCAUGGUGUUUUACAUCGAAUACUUUUGACUGGGAAUUUUGUCCUGUUCCAUAUUGCCAAGAAUGUUUUUAUCCGAGCCAGAGUGUACAAUAUGCAGGGUACGUUGCUAUUGAUAAAGAUAAUAACACGUGCUCGUCAUGGACAGACUACGUUUCUCAAACCGGAGACACUCUCGUCAAAUUUCUGAAUGAAACUGUAGCAGAUGCUAAAAACUAUUGCCGCGACCCGAAAGAUUCCGGUACACCACAGUGUUAUGUAAAUGGUGUGCUGCAAAAUUGUGAUGUACCGCAGUGCACGCAUGACUGUAGGGAUGAUCCGGAGACAAGCUGUGCUUUAGUACAGCAGUAUGUGUGCAAGUACGAGUACACUAGCGCCACCUUGUGUCCAAAAACAUGUAAUAUGUGCAAAUUUGGACUGCUUCCCCCUAAAAGUGUGGAUCCUCCUGCAGACAUUUGCGUUGACAACCCGGAUGCAAACUGUGACAUACUUCAAUUUAUUAUAUGUGCUGACACUGAUGGCGCUCUAAAUCUAUGCCCUAAAACAUGUCAGUUAUGCAGUUUACUGUAUAGUCGUACAACUGUUGGUCCUGCCACGUCCACAGUACAAGCAAUAGCUACUCCUAUACAAACAACACAGACAACAAUUCAAACUACAAUUACGUCACCUACUAUGACGUCACCAAUGACAUCUGCUGCAACAACAUCAACACCGUCAACCACGACACCGCCUUCCACGACUCCAACCACUACGACGCCAACAACCACACCUUCACCUUACUGGUUACCAUGGGGUGUUUGGGGAUGCAAGGAACAGAGCGGAUCCUGCUUUCAGAAACGCUUAAGGAACUGCUCAACGGGAUUAGAGCAAGAUUGUAAGACCAGUCAAGGUGGAAUUGGGUAUAACGUUGGACUCUGUACGGAAGUUUCAUGUCCAGAAUUUUUCACAACAACCACGACGGUAUCUACGAAAACACAAGCAAACAUAUCAUUAGAACAAUUUGCCUCAUGUUAUCUCACGUGUGUAUCUGGCUUUAAAAAACUGACGGAAACAUGUUGUAAGACAGGCAUUGACGCAGUUUGUUCAAACUUACCAUGGAAUCUGCUGAAACCUCGUCUUGGGUCAUGCCCAGGUAUGCUAGUAACUCCAGCUCCUGCAGUGUGGACCUCUCUGGAACAAUUUGCUGCCUGUUCUCUCACGUGUGUGCCUGGAUAUGAGAAGUUGACUGAGGUGUGUUGUCAGACAGGCAUGGACGCGAUCUGUUCAAAUUUGCCGUGGGCUUUGUUAAAGAAUCAUUUAGGAACAUGUCACGAUCUUUUCACAACAACGACUGUAACAGUGCAAUCUACGACACCAACAGAUAAAUGUCACGAUGAUCCUACAUCGACUGGAUGUGGUGACCACGACGUUCUGUGGGAGGUCUAUAAGGCGAAACCAGCGGCAUGGAGUCUAUGUCGGAGGUCAUGCGGUCUGUGUGACACUUGUUGGGACUACCUCAACUGUUCCACACCAGGAGCACAGCAGUUGUUCUGUGGUAGAGACGAAUAUGCUCUACAGUAUUGCAGACAGACAUGUGGGAAAUGUGAUCACAAGCCAGUUGAUGUACAGUUAAACAAAUGCGGAGAUCCUGUUGUCAGUGAACUGUUUUGUGAACUUUUACAGACGGAAAUAUGCAUUUGUAACGACCCGGAUGUUCGAGCACUCUGCGGAAGUUAUUGCGACAACAAGUGCAAGGACCAUCCCUAUGCUGGUUCCGACUGCAUACCUGCUGGGCGGAAGAGAAGGGACGCAUUUCUCAGUCAAGUUGUGCUUCACUGAAAUUGUACUAAUCUGAGACGGAAAAGUAGUUUUCGAACCUGGAGUUUGACUCUUAUUAGAAAUAUAGAGAUCGUCUGUUGCGGCCACAAACCAAAACAAAAACAACGAAAAGACUGUCGCUACCAGGUAGUUCAUAUUCUAACAAAAAAUACCAUAAACAUUGAAUGUGAAUAAUGUUUGGCGAUAGUGAAAGGCAUACGAUGGUGAAACCACGAAUCUACGACGAUGUCCAAAUCGCGAUAGUAAAAGACAAAAUUACUAUGGUGAUCCACGAAUCUACGACGCUGUUAAAAUCUUAAUAGUGAAAGGCAUACGAUCGUAAUCCACAGAUCUACGACGAUGUUAAAAUUACGAUAGGGAAAGGCAUACGAUGGUGAUCCACGAAUCUACGACGUUGUCCAAAUCGCGUUUGUGAAAGGCAAAAUUAUGAUGGUGAAACCAAGAAACUGCGACAAUAAAUCACGACAAAUUUUGUACUUUUACCGUGAUCGUGCUUUCGGCCUUCAUAUCGCUGUUUUGACUUUUAAUCAUGUAGUUUCAACUUUCAUCAUUAUGGUUUCAACUUUCACCAUGAUCGUGCUUUCGAAUCGCAUCAAGUAGUUUCGACCCUCAUCAUGUUGUUUCGAUAUUUAUCAUCGUGGCUUGGACUUUUGACUAAUUAUUUCGCAUAAAAUCUACAUAUGAUCAAUUCCCAUUGAUACAUAUACCAUCACCAUAAUUUCUGUGUAUGAGUAUCU